AUGGAUCCAUCCGAAUUUCUUUUUGAUAUCGAAGCUUACAAAAGGCAGUCUGAAAUUGAUGAGAGGUAUAUCGUCAACCGGUUCAGGGAGCGAAAGAACCAAAUAGAGGAAGGAUAUACACCUCGUGUCAAGAGAAAAUAUCUCAAUAGAGAAAUGCGUGAUUCACAUGUACACCACGAAUUGCAAGAAGAAUUAGUCAAACACAUAUGGGCAAAGUUCGGAAUAUUUCAUGAUUAA